AUGAGAAAGCCUCAACAAGAACAUGCCUCAAAGCCUCUUGUUGUUAUUCUAGGAUGGAGUGACUGCAAACCUAAACAUUUAGAAAAGUACAGCAAUAUUUUUGAAGCUAAAGGCUGGUCAACCACAAGUCUACCUGCCAAAUCCUUUAAUACUUUCUUCAGAAGCGGAACAGAAGUCAAGAAAAUCGGAAUGUAUAUUGCUGAAGUUAUAAAAGAUCAAACACAAAAAGAUCAACCUGUGUUUUUGUACGCACUUAGUAAUGGUGGUUGCAACGUCUAUUUUCAUCUCACAGAAGCACUGAGGUGGUCCACAUUAUAAUUCACUCAAUGUCGUUGGUUCAAUUUUCGACAGUUGUCCUGUCAAACCAACUAUUGAAAGUGUUGGACAUGCUCAAAUUCUAUUGACAGAGCAUAUGAAGAAUCCAGUUCUUCGCCCACUUGUUUGGUAUACACUCGGAUUUGUGUUAUCAUUGCUGGUCAAAAUUGACCCUACGCUACAAAGAUUUUUUGAUGAUCUUGCAAAAAUACCAAUAGCAUGUCCACAACUGUUUUUGUACUCAAAAGCUGACCACUUAGCUUUGUGUGACGAUGUUGAAGAACACAUGAACGAUCGGAAAGCAAAGGGAGUGAAGGUGUUCAGCAAAUGUUGGGACAACUCACCACAUGUCCAACAUUACAUGAAGUAUCCUGAAGAAUAUCUCAAAUUACUUGAUAAGUUUGUGACAGUUUGUUUAAAUGAACAGAAAUGA